AUGACCUCAGACUCAGAUCCCCCUCCAUCGUCGAGCGCCCCCCAACCGGGAGGCCCUCGCUCACCGUCAGGGAGUUUCUACGCCCUCAGCGACGACGAGGAGGGCGAGUACAACACAAUCACGCACACCGAGACCGGCCGGGGCGUGAAGCUGCUCUUCUCCAAGAGCAAGGUCUACGUGCAUCCCACACCCUCAGCGAAGGAUAACAUACCCGGAUACAUCGCUCUGCUGCAACAAAAAGGCGCCCGUGGCGAAAGACCGACAUCCUCUUCCUCCCGCGACUCGAAGCACCCUACCGCCGACGACUUGCUGCUAGCAUGGCUCCCCGAAACGUCCCUCGGCGAGGUCGAGAGCAUAUACGUCAAGGUCGACCUUAGCGAGGGUGAAUCGCCACCGAAGCAGUCUUACCUCGUUCCCCCGCCGCCGACGGUGACAUCCCACCGGGGAUCCAUCGGCACAUACGCCUUCGCGAUACCCGUCAGCGCGAUCUACUCGCUGCUCGUGCGCCCGCCGAGUCUGGGAUGGUGGUUCGGCUCGCUUAUUAUCAACUCGCGCGCCGGCGACAGCUUCCCUGCACUGUUCUUUCACGACAAUGAGUGCCAGAGCACGAUCUUGAAGAGGAAGAGGCGGACGAGGGAUAGUUUCGACCCGUUCGGCGAUCGCGGGGAGAUGUUCUGGGGUGGCGACGAGGUGCUGCGAUGGCUGAAGCGUUACAUCCCGAUUGAGAGAUCUGGCGCCGAGCCCAAUAUCUAUCUGGUAGACCCGUCGAAGGAGGAUAGCGAGGCUUUCGGCGGUAAGGUCACCGCUAGCACUGCGCAGUCCCAGCGAGAUGGUGCGAGCGGGAGUGCUUCAGGAUCUAGGCCCGGUGGUGCUGGUGCCGAUGCGCAGAUGGACCCGUUUGUGAAGUUGAUCAAGGAGACUGGGUGGAAUAUCAUGGAGAAGUUCAGCAAGGUCACGACGUUCACGCGGAGGGCGGCGCAGGAUGUCAUACAGAACCCGAACGUGCCGCCGCAGGUGAAGAGGUUAUUGAGGAAUCCGGAGGUUCAGACGCUGCAGGAUGAGUUCGACAGUGCUAGGAUAUACCUCGCUCGCUGGGCGAUGGGAAUUGCUGAGCAGAGCGAGCGCGAUCGUAGCCAAAGGAUAUGGACCGCAAGGGAAGUCUUGGAGCUCGAGGACACCGAUGUUGGUGAGUUCGAGCUCUUGGAUGGCAGCAGUACUAUGUCGCUCGAGGACAGGAGGAAGCCGGUCAAUUUGAAGGAGUGGAACACCUUUUUCGAUCAGCGGACGGGAAGACUCUCAGUCACAAUCGACGAAGUCAAGGAGAGAGUAUUCCACGGCGGACUAGAUCCUGAUGAUGGCGUCCGAAAAGAGGCGUGGCUCUUUAUCCUGGGAGUAUACGACUGGUAUAGCACAUCUGAGGAGCGCAAGGUUCAGAUUGCGUCGUUGAGAGAUGAGUACGUCAAGCUCAAGGGCGCAUGGUGGGAGCGGCUGGUAGAUAUGGGAGGCGAGGGCGACGACGGAGAAUGGUGGCGCGAACAACGCGGCCGCAUCGAGAAGGAUGUCCAUCGAACAGAUCGCAAUGUCCCUAUCUUCGCUGGAGAGGACAUUCCUCAUCCCGACCCGGACUCCCCCUUUUCCGAAGUCGGCACCAACGUUCACCUCGAGCAGAUGAAGGAUAUGCUUCUCACCUACAACGAGUACAACAAGGACCUCGGAUACGUGCAGGGCAUGUCCGACCUCCUCGCCCCCAUCUAUGCUGUCAUGCAAGACGACGCCAUCGCCUUCUGGGGCUUCCAGCACUUCAUGGACCGCAUGGAGCGCAACUUCUUGCGCGACCAGUCAGGCAUGCGUGCUCAGCUUCUCACCCUUGACCACCUUGUUCAGUUCAUGGACCCCAAGCUAUACGAGCACCUCAAGUCGGCCGACAGCACCAACUUUUUCUUCUUCUUCCGCAUGUUGCUCGUAUGGUAUAAACGUGAGUUCCAGUGGAUGGACGUGUUGAGAUUGUGGGAGAUCCUGUGGACGGACUACCUGAGCAGCAGCUUCCACUUGUUUGUUGCGUUGGCUAUUCUUGAGAAGCAUCGGGAUGUAAUCAUGACUCACCUGCAGCAUUUCGAUGAGGUCUUGAAAUACGUCAACGAGCUGUCGAACACCAUGGACCUCGACUCAACUCUGAUCCGCGCAGAAGCCCUCUUCCGUCGCUUCCAGCGUCUCGUCGAGGCAGUUGACAAGAAGGGCAAUUUCCCUCCUCCGAAGAUCCGCGACCCCCCUGCUUCCCCGUCAAAGUCGACCGAUGAGACACCCAAGCAGGGCGAAAACAGCGCUAGGCCGGCCUCGCCGCGUAAAGACAACAGCAAAGACAACAAGAACAGCGGCAAGAAGCCUGAAGAACCGCAGGUUCAGAAGGUCAUUACACCGGAACUGCGGGAGUUGCUUAGUCGUAAGGUGGUGGUUCUCCCACGGAAGACAGUGGUGAAAAAGGGUGACGGGCCUAACCGGUCAUGA